AUGGCGCCGCCCAGCAGCCUCGGCAAACGCGUAAAGGGUACACAGAUUAAACGACCCUUCAUUUACGGCACGACCGCCCGACCCUUCGACCCCGAAUCCAACCCCAAGCCGGAAGGCGUACCGGCAGAUCACACCCAUUCAUGGGAGGUCUUUGUCAAGGCCAUCGACGAUAUCGACAUCACGUACUGGAUUCGGAGAGUGCAGUUCAAGCUACACGAGUCCAUUCCUAACCACGUUCGCAUGAUCGACGGCGAACCGGGCAAACCGUUCCUUAUCCAAGAAACCGGAUGGGGAGAGUUUGAAAUCACCAUCAAGAUCUACUACGCGACCGAGUCGGGAGAGAAACCUCAGACGCUGUACCACAACCUGCGUCUUCACCCAUACGGACGGACCGACGCCGAGAAGGAGCAGAUGCUGCGACAGAACGACGGCGAGAUCCGCGCUUGGGCCUACGACGAACAGCUUUUCAACGAGCCGUACGAAGCCUUUUACGAAGUGCUCACCUCCGGUGCUCAUCCCAAGGGCCACACAGUUGGCAAAGGAGGCAAAGGCAAGAACAAACCGAUCCCGGCCUUGCCAGAGAAGACAUCAAACGUCCAGGUGGCGUGGGAGCGCAGCGCACUGCUGCCCGCCGUCAACAAGCCUGGCCAGCCGUUCAGUCUCGAGACAGAGCAGAUCGAGGUCAAGAAGCUCAAGGAGGCCGAGACCACGGCCAAGGGAAUGGCCAAGCAGCAGCUGGAGAUUCUCAAGGAGAAGGAGGCCCAGCUGGCUGCGCUAAAAGCAGAGAACGCUGCUGCUGCUACGGCCGAUCAACCCAGGCUGCGAGGCGGCGGCGAUGAUACGGAAGACGAUGAGAUGGACUGUGGCAGCUCGCCCAUCCGCCAUCAACAGGAACCACGCUUUAGAACACCAAGCCCCAGGCGUAACAACAACAUGGAUACCGCCAUGACCGAUGGCGAACAGCAGUGGCCAGCAGAGCCUCCUGGAGCCCCGAGAUGGCAUCGAGAUGAGAAUGAUUAUCGGAAUAGGCCAACGCAGGCGUUAGCGGCUGGCGUCGCGGGCUCGACAAACCCUCAUGUGGAGGUCAACCAUGGUCCUGGGAUUGGCACGUCAGACACCGGACUAGGACAAACAUAUUGUCUCUUCCACUCAAACUACUCCGCGUCGGCGCGCUCCCAGUGUCGACUGGUACCGAACAGUAGCCUCGAAGAGAUGUACAACUGCGGUAGCCAAGUUCAAGAGCCUGCCCCACCGACAAGGGUCGACGCAAUCGCAGACACGAUGUCGAUGCAUUCUCAGACGAGCAGGGACGAGCCAGAUGUACAGAUGUCGGACGAUACUUCGAGUCAGUCUACGAUACUGAGUCCUCCUCCGGCGCCGCCCGGCGUACAGGUGGGAAAGCGGAAAGCAUCACCGGAAGCAGAACUGCCCGAGAAGAAGAGGUCAAAGGACGAGGGUCCGACUGGUGGGCCGGACGGUGGACAGGGCUAUCUCUGA